GCUCAAGGUCUCUCUUUUCAGACUGGGGCGCGCAGCGUCUUGGACGCGGAUUGGCCGAAGGCGGGGCCGGGAGGCGGGUUAAAGAGCGGGUUGCCGGCCAGACCACGCGUGCUUGAGAAGGUUCAAUGGCGUGGCAGGGACUGGCGGCCGAGUUCCUGCAGGUGCCGGCGGUGACGCGGGCCUACACUGCAGCCUGCGUCCUCACCACCGCUGCGGUGCAACUGGAGCUCCUCAGCCCCUUCCAGCUCUACUUCAACCCGCACCUCGUGUUUCGGAAGUUCCAGGUCUGGAGGCUUGUGACCAACUUCCUCUUCUUCGGGCCCCUGGGAUUCAGCUUCUUCUUCAACAUGCUCUUCGUGUUUCACUACUGUCGCAUGCUGGAAGAGGGCUCCUUCCGCGGCCGCACGGCCGACUUCGUCUUCAUGUUUCUCUUCGGAGGGGUCCUUAUGACGCUGCUGGGACUCCUGGGCAGUCUGUUCUUCCUGGGCCAGGCCCUUGUCGCCAUGCUGGUGUACGUGUGGAGCCGCCGCAGCCCUCGGGUGAGGGUCAACUUCUUCGGCCUGGUCACUUUCCAGGCACCGUUCCUGCCUUGGGCGCUCAUGGGCUUCUCGCUGUUGCUGGGCAACUCCAUCCUCGUGGACCUGCUGGGGAUUGCCGUGGGCCACAUCUACUACUUCCUGGAGGAUGUCUUCCCCAACCAGCCUGGAGGCAAGCGGCUCCUGCUGACCCCUGGUUUCCUUGACGAAGAACCCCAAUCCCUAAUCGGAGCUCUGUCUCUGCCCCACAUGGGGCCCUACCCCACUUCCAGGGAGCACAGCAGUCUCUGACCCUAGCUCUGCCCUGGCAGCAAGGGUCCUGCCAACAGCUGAGGGUGGCCUGUGCUGGGGUCUGUGCCCAUUCUCUUCAGUAAGGCUGGGGCUGCGAGCCAGUUUGCUGCCCUCCUAGAUCUUAUGUCCAUUUUAAAGAAUGGGGACACCUCCAUAUUACAGAUGAGAACAUGGGGGACACGAACUCCUUGGAGACAGAGCUGGGAAGGGGCCCCGGGCUGUGUCUCCUCCCUGCACCAUGUCAACCCCCAAGAGCUGGCACCAGGCCACGGCGCCUGCUGGGGUGGGGAAAGGGCCCCAGUCAACCUUGCUAUGGGCACCACUGGAGCUGGAACAGCCCUCCUGCACCCAGGCUGGCGACAGCCCAGCAGCGCCCACACAG